AUGAAGGAAGAGAAUGAGACCUCUGUUUCUGAAUUCCUCCUUCUGGGACUCCCUAUACAACCAGAACAUCUGGCUUUGAACUUUACCCUCUUCUUGAUCAUGUACCUGACCACAGUUCUGGGAAAUCUACUCAUCAUACCGCUCAUCAGGAUGGACUCUCGUCUCCACACCCCCAUGUACUUCUUCCUCAGUGUCUUGGCCUUCAAUGAUGUGUCUCUAUCAUCUGUCACUGUGCCCAAAAUGUUGGUGGACAUGCAGAGUAAUCACAAGUCCAUCCCCUAUUCAGGGUGCAUUUCUCAGGUAUACUUUUUAAUAUUUUUUGCUUGUACUGAUAAUUUCCUUCUUGCAGUGAUGGCAUAUGACAGAUAUGUAGCCAUCUGUCAACCUCUCCACUACAACACUAUCAUGAAGCAGGAGCGUUGUGUCUCAUUGGUAGCUUGGUCUUGGUUCUUUAGUUUUUUACAUGCUUUAUUGCAUACCCUCCUCUUGGUUCAAGUGUCCUUCUGUGGUGAUAUUACUAUCCAUCACUUCUUCUGUGAACUCACUGCAGUACUGGAGAUAAGUUGUUCAGACACUUCAUUCAACAAACUGGUCAUAUUCAUCGAGGGAGGGAUGCUUUUUUAUAUUCCUUUCUUCAGUAUUGUGGGCUCCUAUAUCUGCAUUUGGGCCACUGUUCUGAGGAAUCCCUCUACCAAGAGAUUCUUCAAAGUCCUUUCUACCUGUGGUUCCCAUCUUAUUGUUGUUUCUUUAUUUUAUGGAACAAUUGCAGAAGUUUACUUUUUCUCCUCAGCAUCAAUUCCUGGUAAUAAAGACAUAGUUGCUUCUGUGAUGUAUAUGAUAGUCACACCCAUGCUGAACCCUUUCAUCUACAGCAUUAGAAACAAAGACAUAAAACAAGCCCUAAAGCUAUUUGCUGAUAAGGUGAAGUUCUGUAAAUCAAGCAAAUUAGGAUGA